CCAAAUGGAUAGAGUGAACUUGCUGUUAUUUGACUGUGACAACGAGGUCAAAUAUAUGAAUAAUAUGUUAAAGGACACAAAAACCUUGGAAGAUAUGACACAGAAGCUGAAAGACAUGAGAGACUUGAUGAAAGGGAAACUACUUGACAUUACACCAGAGAAAAGAGAUUCUAUCACCCUGCAGGUGAGGCUGGAGUGUCAGAGUGAUGCCGAUGGAAUCUUCAGUGGAUCUUUGGAGUUGGGUUUCAAUGGACAGAGGUUCCUUGCCUUUGACGCAGAGAGUGGAAAGUAUAAAGUGGAUAAUCCCAGAGAUGAACUGAUGAAAGAGAACUGGGAGAAUGAUGAGGAAGUGACCAAGUGCUUCAAAGUUUUCCUCCAGGGAGACUGCAAGGAAUGGCUUAAAUUCUUGGUGCACAAGAAGAAAGAGCUGGAGACAACAG